CUUUGGGGAAAGUAAAUUCGUAUAAAUACAAGCUGGCCGGUGUGAUAAGCAUCAGUCAGUGCCUAACCAUUGGAUUAAUACAACAAUGAAGUUUAUUAUUCUCAUCGCCUUCUUAGGCUUCUCCCUCGCUCAGGAAGCCCAAGAAGAAAAGAAACACACAAAACGCGGGAUCGAAUUCGGCGGUUUUGAAGGCGGCUAUGACUUCGGGGGCGGCGAAGAAUUCGGAGGCGGUCACGGCCACCACCACGAACACAUCAAGACUAUCACCAUCACCAAAAAAGUGCCUUACCCGGUACCACACCCCGUACCUUACCCAGUUAUCAAACAUGUACCUUAUCCUGUGAAAGUACCAGUCAAGGUUCCAGUGCCUAAACCAUACCCUGUUCAUGUACCUAAACCAUACCCCGUCAUUGUCAAAAAACCAUACCCAGUAACUGUCGAAAAACCAUACCCUGUCCCUGUCAAGGUUCCAGUCAAAGUGCCAUACCCAGUCAAAGUACCUGUGCAUGUGCCUAAACCUUACCCAGUUCAUGUACCUGUAAAAGUACCAGUUAAAGUUCCAUACAUCGUUGAAAAGAAAGUCCCAAUUUACAUCAAAGAACAUCAUCACGAACAUCACGAAUUUGGAGGACACGAACUUGGAGGACACGAAUUUGGAGGACACGAAGGCAUUGAAAGCAUUGGAGAAGGAUUCGAAUUCUCACAUCACCUUCAUUAAUGUUUUUGUUUUUGUUACAGAUAUUCCAGUUGCUCAAUCCAUGAAUGUCACAUGUGAUAUUAAUAGUUAUAGUUGCUUCUGUAACCCUUGUUGAGAUUAUAUUUUUCUAAUUGAAUAAAAUGUUGAAACAAUAA